UGGCGGCGGCCCGACGGAAGCUGGAGGCGGGAGCAGAGCUCGCUACUGACUGAGCUACGGAACCGUGUCGCGUUCCGGGCUUCUGCUGUGCUGCACGCUUACCGCGGUUAGCUGGUCCCGUGGCUGUGCUGCUCGCGCCCAGGCCUCUCCAGCGGUCUCCGUCCGCGGCGCGGAUUUUUCCGGUGCCCUCCCUCCACAACUGCCCCGAUGGCCCUGUGCAACGGAGAUUCCAAGCCAGAGAACGCUGGAGGAGACCUUAAGGAUGGCUGUCACCAGUACGAAGGAGCUGUUGUCAUUCUGGAUGCUGGGGCUCAGUAUGGGAAAGUCAUCGACCGGAGAGUGCGGGAGCUCUUUGUGCAGUCUGAAAUCUUCCCCUUGGAAACACCAGCCUUCGCCAUAAAGGAGCAAGGAUUCCGGGCUAUUAUCAUAUCUGGAGGACCUAAUUCUGUCUAUGCAGAGGAUGCUCCCUGGUUUGAUCCAGCGAUAUUUACCAUUGGCAAGCCCGUUCUUGGAAUUUGCUAUGGCAUGCAGAUGAUGAAUAAGGUUUUUGGAGGCACUGUGCAUAAAAAAAGUGUAAGAGAAGAUGGAGUUUUCAGUAUUACUAUGGAUAAUACGUGCUCACUAUUCAGGGGCCUUCAGAAGGAAGAAAUUGUUUUACUUACACAUGGAGACAGUGUAGACAAAGUAGCCGAUGGAUUCAAGGUUGUAGCACGUUCUGGGAACAUUGUGGCAGGUAUAGCCAAUGAAUCUAAAAAGCUAUAUGGCGUACAGUUCCAUCCUGAAGUUGGCCUUACAGAGAAUGGGAAAAUAAUACUCAAGAAUUUCCUGUAUGAAGUCGCUGGCUGCAGUGGGACCUUUACUGUGCAGAACCGAGAACUUGAAUGCAUUCGAGAGAUCAAAGAGAGAGUAGGCACAUCAAAAGUAUUGGUUUUGCUUAGUGGUGGUGUAGAUUCGACUGUUUGUACAGCUUUGCUGAAUCGUGCUUUGAAUCAAGAUCAAGUUAUUGCUGUGCAUAUUGAUAAUGGCUUUAUGAGAAAACGAGAAAGCCAGUCUGUUGAAGAGGCCCUCAAAAAGCUUGGAAUUCAGGUCAAAGUGAUAAAUGCUGCCCAUUCUUUCUACAAUGGAACGACUACUCUACCAAUCUCAGAUGAAGACAGGACCCCACGAAAAAGAAUUAGCAAAACGUUGAAUAUGACCACAAGUCCUGAGGAAAAAAGAAAAAUCAUUGGUGACACUUUUGUUAAGAUUGCCAAUGAAGUAAUUGGAGAAAUGAGUUUGAAGCCAGAGGAGGUUUUCCUUGCUCAAGGCACCUUGCGGCCUGAUCUAAUCGAAAGUGCAUCCCUUGUUGCUAGUGGCAAAGCUGAGCUCAUCAAAACCCACCACAAUGACACGGAGCUCAUCAGAAAGUUAAGGGAAGAGGGAAAAGUAAUAGAACCUCUGAAAGAUUUUCAUAAAGACGAAGUGAGGAUUCUAGGCAGGGAGCUUGACCUGCCAGAGGAAUUGGUUUCCAGGCAUCCUUUUCCAGGUCCUGGCCUGGCAAUUAGAGUAAUAUGUGCUGAAGAACCUUAUAUUUGUAAAGAUUUUCCUGAAACCAACAAUAUUUUGAAAAUAGUAGCUGAUUUUUCUGCAAGCGUUAAGAAGCCCCAUACACUAUUACAGAGAGUCAAAGCCUGCACGACAGAAGAGGACCAGGAGAAGCUCAUGCAGAUUACAAGUCAGCAUUCACUGAAUGCUUUCUUGCUGCCAAUUAAAACUGUGGGUGUGCAGGGUGACUGUCGUUCCUACAGUUAUGUGUGUGGAAUCUGCAGUAAAGAUGAGCCUGACUGGGAAUCCCUUAUUUUCCUUGCCAAACUUAUCCCCCGAAUGUGUCACAACAUUAACAGAGUUGUCUAUAUCUUUGGCCCACCAGUUAAAGAGCCUCCUACAGAUGUCACUCCCACUUUCUUGACAACGGGGGUGCUCAGUACUUUACGCCAAGCUGAUUUUGAGGCCCAUAACAUUCUCAGGGAGUCUGGGUAUGCUGGGAAAAUCAGCCAGAUGCCAGUGAUUUUGACCCCAUUACAUUUCGAUCGAGAUCCACUUCAGAAGCAGCCCUCAUGCCAGAGAUCUGUGGUUAUUCGGACCUUUAUUACUAGUGACUUCAUGACUGGUGUGCCUGCUACGCCUGGCAAUGAGAUUCCCGUAGAGGUCGUGCUAAAGAUGGUCACUGAGAUAAAGAAGAUUCCUGGAAUUUCUAGGAUUAUGUAUGACCUAACAUCAAAGCCCCCGGGAACCACUGAGUGGGAGUAAUAAAUACAUUGUUGUUACGAACUGUGUGCAGUUGAGGCUCAUUAGAAACCAUUUGUUAAUGACGCAGUACUGUGGAAAAUGUUCCCGAAGCAGCUGUUUCAUAUCUGAGUUCUCAUAGCAACACUACAUGGUUUAAACGUGGAGCUGGGAGUGAAGAGUUCGUAUGUAUGGGGAGAUAAUCAAGGCGCCAUUGCCCACGUGUGGACAGAUCGCUCUUGCUGCUGCCUCACUUACUCUUAUGUGUGAGCUCUGUGACGGUAGGCGACAGGGGCUUCUGUCCGCUUGCUAUUAGAAACAUCCUUUAUUUACCAGUGUGACUGACUGUGUGCCUUUGGAGAAUCUGAACUUUCUUGUAUGUAAUUUUAUUUCUCCAAAGUGUGAGGAAAAGUUGUACGUAUCAUGGAAAGGUAUUAAGAAAGCUGUUUAGAAACUUUUAGGCAGGAUAUUAGGGAAGUAAAAUGUAAGAUGCUUCAAAGAUAUCAAGCCCCAGGGAUUUAUUAUGGAGGUACAUAGAGGUCACAGCGUGGCAGGUAGGAAGGGGGUGCUGUCAGUCUUCCAAACCAUGUUCAUUCAGAUGCCCUGCUUUCGCUGUUGUCUUGUUAAUAUGAGCAAGGGGCUUCAUCCUCCCAGCCUUGGGUCACCGGCUCCUGCAGCUGUGAGAAAGAGUUCCUACCCUCUCCCCAAAAGAGGAUGUCUUAGAAAAGGUUAAGAUGAGAACAUGUUCUUUUUGUUUGCCUGGUCAGAGGUCACAGAAGCCAUGAUCCUCCCUCCCUCCUUCCCUCCCUCCCUCCCUCCCUCCCUCCCUCUCUCCCUCCCUCCCUCCCUCCCUCCCUCCCUCCCUCCCUCCCUCCCUCCCUCCCUCCCCCAUAUCCCACGAGUGAGAGAGUAAAUGUUUCUAUUUCUUAGGAAAGAGCUGUCAGAAGACACCUAGGUCUGAAUUGUGCACAGAUUUACCGCUUCCUGCGCAGGAGUCUUGACUGGUGUAAGGUAUUUGUUAGCCCCUUUCCUACCUAUUAGCUUGUGGAGAGGGUUCAAGGCCAAGUGCUGGACUCGGUGCCAUUGCCAACAGUUUCUAUAGGUUCUUUAUAAUAGUCAUACAAAUCCGAAAAAGGCAGUAGAAAGAGUUAAAUUCUAGAAUAUUACCAUGUUUUUCUCACCUGCUUUUACCUCAGGUUGCUCUAUGUUUCCUAGUACCAAUUUCUAUUUGGGAUUCAGUGUUAAAAGGAGGUAGAGCAGAGGUCAUCUUUCCUGGCUAGUCCAGAGGAUAGCCGGAAACUGCUGCCGGAUCCAGAGGGAGAGGCCCCUCGGUAACAACAGACAUCCAGACCUGAACAGAGCAUUUUUCUUCACAGAAGGUCGAGUGUUCAUUGUCUGUUCUGGUGGAUUUCAUAGAUUUAAGCAGAUUGAGAGUUGUGUUAUUUCUCAAUGGGAACUAACCAGUAUAGAAUGCUUAGCAAAGUGUGAGUACAUGUUUGGUUACAUUAAAAAAAACUUCCUGUUGUAGAAAACUGUGGUAUAAACAGUUGGAAUUUAGAAGACUGUGUGUUUUUCCCUGAGCUUUGUUUUGUGGCACACAGCUUACUGCUAUGGUCUGUGUAAAACUGGUCAGGCGAUCAGUUCAUUUAGAAGUGCUGCUCCUUUGUAAUCUUUGCCUUGCGAACAUCGGUGGUGUAUAUUAUGCACAGAUCUCAGGCAGACUGGAGUUAAAGUAUUUAACGUUUUCCUCGCACAGUCGCUCCAAUGUCUUUAUGCAAUCCUUACUCUGGAAAAAAAAGUCACUCCCAAACAUACCCACACAUGAUCCAGAAGAAUUCUGGGACUGAAAGAUUGUUUUCAUGUUCACCGUCUUACCUUCUUGAGUGGUCAUUUUUGCCUUGUACUGUGUAGCUUACUUCCUAAAGUCACGGUAGUUCCUCUGAGCUACUGAAAGUUGUUACAAUCAAGGAGACAAGCUCAUUGGGGAGGUGGUCACAGUGACUUUAAGAACCAAGUGCGAGGUUUUCUUGGACGUAGCCAUCCUUGCAUUAAGUGUGUUCCAGCUCUCAGGUCAUGUGACCUUACAGGUUGGUCACUUUGUACCCAGGCUUAGUGCACAAUCUCAGUUAUCACUUAGUAGCCUGGGCUGUUUGACAUGUUCCAUUACUUACUUGGGACACUUCUACAUGAUUGUAUUUUGUUUCUUUGUAACUAUUACAGAAAGUCAGAUCAUGUAAUUUAUUUCAGGAAAUAUCAAGAACUAACUAAAUAAAUCCCAGUCCUGUCUUAGUGGAUCUAUCAGUGAUGUGCAGUUCUGUUAGACAUAAUAACCUGGUAUAAUUUUUGAGGGCAAGCUUUUAGAUGCAUCUCAGUGACUGAAUUGUACUAUUUUCUCUCUCCAUCUUGGAGUAACUACAUGCAAACAUAAAUUAUAAAAGUUAUUUCCUCACUCUGUUUGGAUUUAGCUACUGAUGGCCAGUUUCAGUGAAUAAUUGAAUUCUACUCUGUACAGAGUAGAAUAUGAGGGUAUUCAUGUGAAAUAGACAGCAGUGUCCAUCUUGCUUGUUUGCCUUGCUGUUAACUAGACAUGUGGAUCCAUUUGUCUCAUGAAGUUCCAACAUCACACCUAACCCUGAAUAUUUAUCCUCAUUUUCUGUCUCCCAGAGCAGAAUAUAUGUAGCUCAGCCUGAAGUUUACCACGUAUUUGAGGAUGGUCUUGAACAUCUGACCAUCUCCCUAGUGCUGGAAUUAGAGGAAUGUACCCUUGUACCCAAUUUAUGCUUUACCGGUCAUUGAACGCAGAACCACGUGUCUGUUUGGCAAGCACUGUACCAACGGAGCCACAUGCUAGUUGCAUUCUUAGUUCUAUAAACAAGAAAAAGCAUAACAGGAGACAGUGGAGAAGCUGGAUACUUCUAACACAUUUGUUAAAAAUAUAAAACAAAACCCAUGUAUUCAGCUGCCACCACCAGCUAAAGAACAUACCAUCAAGAUUUGGUCAUGUCAACUCUUGAGAACGCUUGGUGUCUUCACUGUUUUGGAAGAGCUGCCAGAGUAUGUCUCAGCUUUGACAACAAAUAGUAUGUGCACCUCUGAGCUGUUGGCAGAGCAGGAGCUGGAAUUCAGACUUAGUGAAUUUAUCUCUGUACAACUUAAUCAGGGAUAAAGGACGUCACAGCGUUGUCUCUUCCAGAAGUUCUGUACAUUUCUCACUUGCAGUGUUCUGACUUUGGCAUUGCUCUCUCGUGUGAGCCUCUCCCCCUACCCCCCUUCUCCAAGAUCUUCAGAGUGCUGUUGGAAGGCAAGCCUUCACAGUUACCUCAGUGGUAGUUCCUUGGCCCCAGUCUAGAGUUAACUGGAAACUGAGCACAGGUUAAAUAUUUCGACUUGAGAGCUCUCUCUUGUCUUGAUUGAAGUAGUUGUACCAGAUGGCAGAGGAAAACUUUUUUACCACACGAGACUUUCGCUGCAGUAAUGACUUUAUGAACAUUUAACAGCUAGACAAGGAGUCCCCAGAAUGUCAAGAUGGCACCUUUUCAAUAGUAGACAUGCCGUGUGUAUUCAGAAGAGUCACAUCCCAUGAAAGCCUUAACCUUAAGUGAUCCCAACCUUGGUUGCUGUCGCCUGAGGAAUUAAAAACAAAGAAAAUUCAGAUGAUGUAAGAGUGGAGUGGGGACAGUGCCCACGCCCAGGUUGUUUCUCAGCGGGAAGAAAUCACUAUUAAGGGAUACACCUGCUCUCCUGUUAGAGUUUUAAGUCCUAGUCACACGGGUGAGGAAUGGAGACUGGAGAGUCUUGUUUAGCUAGGUUUGGAUUGUGGGGCCACAUUUGGAUCUGAUUAUCCAUGCUCCAGGACUCAGAAAUACCAGCCUGUGUGGGGAAUCUGUCAGACCGGCGGUUACCCAUAUGCCAGCUGAAUACCCGCAUGGGCUUAUUCACCCUCUUCCUUCCUACUUUUACUUUUCUCUACUCCUGUGUUGUAACCAUCUCGAGGCCCGAGACUCCUGCCAUGAACUAAGCUAUUCCUGUACUGACUGAAGAAGCUUUAGGAGCUGUGCCAAAUGGUAAGUCAGUCAUUUAACAGCACUGUUGCAACUUCCCGUGUUUCCUCUGAGCCUUGUGGCAGCCUUGGGCCUUGUUUAUAUAGUAAAGUCACAAGACUUUAGGGAGGCUGGUUAUUUCUUAUUUAUUUAUUUAGGUUAUUUCUUUAUAUGUCACAUUCAGAAGCACCAAAAUAUGAGUUAUUGAGAAACGCGAACCCCAAGUAUCUAGUGGAGUUACACACCUUUGAAGAAUAUAACAUACCUUUGUUAUUUUUGUCUUUACAUCAGCUGUGACUUCAUUACAACCUUCACAUGUAAAUGAAUGUGAACACCUGAACAUAUUUUUGAUAAAGCGUUAUUUUGUAACUGAAAUAAAUAGCACGUGUAGUUCCCUAUGUAACUGUUAGUGACGUGCUGCCAUGUCUUUGUUGCAAUGAUCUCACUAGAAAAUCGGUUUGCUACGUUAAUGUGAAAUGACAUCUCUUGUGUCUUCUGCAAACUUCAUAAAGGAGGAAAUUAUUUCAUAAUUGGUCUUUAAGUCUUGGUGUUUAUAAAAACAAAACAAGAGCAAAGAGGACAGGACAUAUUAAGGUGGUCAAGAAAUUGCAUACAUUAUCAGGGUUCUGGACAAUAAGCGUAAUCAGCUUCCCUUACGUGUGCAGGAAUGGCGAUAUCUUGUCCACUGUUAACAGUACACACAGCUCUUUGGGUAGCUUUGUAGUUCAAUGAUCAGCUAAAGAUGCGUAUAUGCAUGUGUGCUUCUAAAAUUAGCCACAAGCACGAUGUUCUGAAUAUUCAUCUUAUGUAUUUAGUCUCUGAAAAUAUAGAUUACCCUUACUAAUGUGUUGUAUUUUGUAGUGCUGGGAGUCACGCCCAGUGUGUCUGAAUGAUAAUACAAGCGUGUGUUCACAAACGCUGCUGCGCUCUUGGAACUGUUACGAGCGGCACACACCCAUCUCCUGUUAGAGAAGAUUAGAGGAAACCAUGGGCAGAAACAGUUGAGCUAGUGGUGCUGACACUGGACUCUACCUUGUCAGGGCUCCUGCUGUCUCAGAAAAUUUGUUUUGAGUAGUUUUGCUAUUUUACCACAGCUUAAAAUGAAGGUCGCUUCUGAGUUUAAAUGUGAAGAUUUUAUAAAUCAAAAUUGUCACUCUCCAUUUCAGAAAUACUGUGGUUAACAUCGGGACUAAGUUUUUUUGUUCAUUUUGUAAAUUAUUUGUGAUUUAUAUUGAAGAGUUUUUGUAGAUUAGGUCCUAAGGAAAGAAUCCAGGGAUCCUAAUCCAACCUUGAGACUGUGUUAAAUCUUUAGAGCACUGUGCCUGUGUUACCCGCAUCACUGCCAACUUCUUUCAGUGUUAGUGAAAACCGAAUUCCCAGCUCAACUGGUUUUGUGAAAUGCUGGAAAACACAAGAUUCCUUUGUCAAAGUGUCUUUGUCCAGUUACAU